UUGAGAAAGUCACCACUAGGAGUGAUUUGUGUGGCACCGUUCCUUUGUUCGUCACGCCCCUGACAACAGGUCGCUGAGACAGUUACGCGGAUCCGUGUAUGGGGUGCUUUUCUUUUAAACAAACCAUAAUGCAAGCAGAGCGGGUCGUGUGUCAUUUUACCCGGUGUAGCUAGUCACCAAAGUGGAGUCGUGCGUGGAGGAGUAUAGCGCAGCGCAAAGACGAAAGCGAAUACUGCUAAAUAUAUCCCCACAAUGAGCACGAAUCGCCAAAGCGAGGAUGCCGAUGAAACUCAGGUAGACAGGCCUAGUAACAGAGUCUCCAGGGAAGGCCUGGACAAUGAACACUUUGACGAGGAAGUGGAGACCCAGCUGCAAGGAACAUCUCCUUUACGGGACAGGCGCGACACUGACCUCGGCCAGACUAGCACGACACCGGGGUUCACAAAGGAGGAUUCCACAACCAAGUAUACCAGUGCAUCGGGGCUCACGACCAAAGGUUUGGUCAACGGUAUCGGUAACUGUGUGUUCCGAUGGCUUCGAAAAAGGACCAUUGGAAGAGGACUUUUUGUGGACCCGGCUCGGGAUAACUUCCGGACAAUGAUGAGUUUGUACAGUUCAAUGAACCCUGCCGCGGAUUCCGUCAACAUAAGCACCCAAACGCACGGUGCAGUGUUCAAUUUAGAGUACUCGCCGGAUGGGUCUGUGCUGACGGUGGCUUGUGAGCAGACGGAGGUCCUGCUCUUUGAUCCGAUCUCCUCCAGGCACAUCAAAACACUGGUGGAGGCACACGAGGACUGUGUCAAUAACAUCAGGUUUCUGGACAAUCGGCUGUUUGCCACUUGCUCGGAUGACACCACCGUUGCAUUGUGGGAUUUGCGGAAGAUGAAUUCCAAGGUGUGCUCGCUGCAUGGGCACACCAGCUGGGUGAAGAACAUCGAGUAUGACACCAACACUCGGCUCCUGGUCACGUCCGGCUUCGACGGAAACGUCAUCACCUGGGACACCAACCGGUUCACGGAGGAAGGCUGCCCUCACAAGAAGUUCAUUCACACCCGUUACCUGAUGAGGAUGCGGCUAACGCCCGACUGCUCCAAGAUGCUCAUCUCCACCUCAUCGGGCUACCUGCUGAUCCUGCACGACCUGGACCUGACCCAGUCCCUGGAGGUGGGCAGCUACCGCAUCCUGAGGGCCCGCCGCUCCGCCCUCAACUCGGAAGGCGCCACCUCCAGCUCCAGGUCUGCAGGCACCCCUCGUCAUGGCAACGACUCCAGUAAGGUCCACCCCAUGGCCUCGCAGAGGGAAGGUGGGUCUCCAGGGAACAGCCUGGAGGUGCUGACCCCCGAAAUCCCGGGGGAGAAGGACCGAGGGAACUGCAUCACCUCCCUGCAGCUGCACCCCAAGGGCUGGGCCUCGCUCAUCCGUUGCUCCAGCAACAUGGACGACCAGGAGUGGACCUGUGUAUACGAGUUCCAGGAGGGCGCCUCAUCGCGGCCCCCCGUCUCCCCGCGCUGCUCCCUCCGUCUCACGCACUACAUCGAGGAGGCCAACGUGGGGCGGGGCUACAUCAAGGAGCUGUGCUUCAGCCCCGACGGGCGGCUCAUCUGCUCGCCCUACGGCUACGGCGUGCGCCUGCUGGCCUUCGACGGGAGCUGCGGCGAGCUGUGGGACUGCCGGCGGGCCGAGACGAGCCGCCUCCGCGAGGUGCGCUCCAUCCACUCCCACAGCGACGUGGUGCUCACCACCAAGUUCUCCCCCACCCACUGUCAGCUGGCCUCCGGCUGCCUCAGCGGCCAGGUCUCCCUGUACCAGCCCAAGUUCUAGACUCCCGCGGUCCCCUACGGCGACGAGGCCCAGCCACAGCUCUAAGGGGGGGGGGGGGGGGGAGACCCGAAAUUGAAGAGCCAGGAGAACGGGUGGAUGUAAGGUGGGGUGGUGUUGGACUUCAUGUGUGGCUGUCCCUAUCCAAGGGCCAAAGCAGCAAAGGAUGUCCUCCCCUGCCCCCACCCUCACUGGAAAGGCAAUAAAAUCUUCCCAGAGUUGUCUCUAAAUUAUGCUUUUCCCCUUCAGCUGCUUCUGUAGCGCACAGUUUUGGGGUGUGUUUGAGGUUAUCUUUCUUUUUUCACUCUUGUUAUUUUCAACCUGUUGGGAAGAAUCUGUUGGGACUUUUCCGGAACUGAGAGCUCAUAAAAGGAAAGGUGCGGACGUCAUGCUGGUGGCACUAAAUGAGGAGGAAGAGUUAUUACCCAGCAUGCUCUGCCCCUGAGAACAUUGCACUACACUUGAAACGAGUAAGAUGGGGGAAAGGAAAUGGGUUUUUAAAGGCCCAGAUUCCCCAUUCUCCUUGUCAGAGUAGUUAUUGUACGUCUGCCUUCGGAUUGUAUUGGGGAGCCAGCAGGAAUUGGGGGUUCUGUGACUGUGCAGUCUCAUGUUGCUGUUACAUGUACUGGAAACCCUGCCCCCCACCUGCCACUGAAUGCCUUCCCGCUGAUGCUGCUUUUCUUCAAUCUGCAUUGCUCUGUAUGCACCAUGUGUUCUACCCACUUUAUGUUUCACCAUGUCAUUUGUAGAGUAUGUAAUUUUCAGUUGAUUAAUUUUUUUCCACUUAAAUUCAAGUUCAUUGUUCCCAGAGACAGUUUUUUUAUAUAGAUUUAUCUAAGGUUUGUAUGUUUUGUGAAUGUUCAGGGCACAGUUCUAUACACUGUUUGUAUUUGACGCUGCUUGUAUUUUAAAUACAGUGCACAGACCUGUCCAUCA